AUUCCCUGAGGUCGUGGAUACGGGCACUCGAGUGUUCUUGGACCCGCCUCAGUUCAAGUCGAUGCUCUUUGUGGGCACAAAUGUGGUUGCUGAUUUCCCCAUCCCUGGUAUCCCUCCACUUAAGAUGGGCAGUUUGGAGUUAGCCAUGGGCCCCACCAAGGACAGCAUGCACGUUGCGGUGUGUCGAGCUUCUAUUGCUGGGUGUCUGUACAUGCGGAAUGACAUCCACGUGAAAGUGUCGUGUCAUAGGAGUGACCUCAACGACCCCUUGGAUGACAUUAAGGUCAACAGAGACUGGUGCCGGCCAGCGCCCCGAUAUGAAGGGGAGCCUCCUAGGGUCCUUCGAACCCUCCGUUUGUGGGUAACCCAUUUGCCUGAGUGGGUCCGUAAGUCUAAGGACCGCAAUAGGAAGCUGGCUUUGACGGCUGAAUGCAGCGUGAGGGAAGCGGCGCUAUUAGCUGCUGGUGCGGUAGAGGCCUUUCACGCCUUUGACCGUGAAUUCACGAGUACUGGUCCACCUAAAGGGCCGCUCAAGGACUUGGCUGUGGAUCUCUGUGGGGCUAUGAGGUUUCUAUUGGGUAAUCCGUCAACGGGUCGAAAGCGACGAUUCAGUUUCGAUGAUGAUGAUGUCCACGAGGCCGAGCCUUUGGAGAAAUCGGGUAUUUGCCUCUCCUCAGAGGCGAUACAUUUUACCUAUUUGGAGGACACUAAGGAGAUGGAGUGCACUCUUACGGCAGUGAUUGUCCAGAUGCUUCCUAAAGUCAUCACGGCCUGUCUACCAGAAGCUCACUUUGCUUUGCUGGAUCAAGGCACGCGGGCUGUUGUGGUGUUGGGCACGGAAUCGGUCAGCCCGGAGAUCGCGGCCUUUGAGAACGCCUUGUCGGUUUCAUGUCGUCUUGGGGAGCUGCAGCAUCUUCUGGAGGACUUGUUGGUUGAGUACGAGGGAGCAUCAGCGCUGGGGUUACACCCGCCCUCACCCAAGAGAGCCUCUUGGAGUGGUAGUGAUGGCACUAUGCCGGUGUUGACGCCAUUGGAGGAGCCCGAUCCAGGGCCCAUACCGGAGCCCUUGAGGAUGGUACUCUCGGUCGAGUUCCUCUCUGGGAUGUGCUUCACUUGGGCAGUCCGUGGGCUAGAGCCGCUACAGCUCCUUACGGCUGACCCGAUCUCGGCCCGCUUGGUCUUCAACACCCAUGGUGCUACGGGGUCACCAGCCUUGGUCUUGCCAGCUCUUGGUCCCACGCAAGAUCCUAUCCUGGCCCAUUGGCUCACAGAGCCUUGGUGUCUCGAGCAAGGAGCCUCGUCUAGCAGCACUUCUAGUAAGAGUAGCGAGGCUCACUCGUGGGAUAUCGACUCGGUCCUGAUCGACAAACUAAAUGCCUUUAUGAAAGGGCUCAAGUAUUUGAAGGAUCUCAAGCCCGGCCUCAUCGAGAAUGCUGCGGUGUACUCUAUGGGGGAGGGCAUUCUGGACAAGCCCGUGUACGCCCAGUUUGAUGCUGCAUUCACCAACCCUACUAUGAGAUGGGGAGCUG